AUGGCGGCCGUGGCGACCGAGGCGUCGAAAAUGGACCAGCAGGUCGACCUUUCGACGAUCCCCAUCUCCCCCGAAGGUCAGGAAGCUGGCGGCGUCGAUGCCAAGGGUGAUGGCAAACCCGUCACCGUCUUCCACGAUAAGGACAACUUCAACGUCAAGCACCCCCUUCAGAACAAGUGGACUCUUUGGUUCACCAAACCCCCUAGCGGAAAGGGCGACAACUGGAACGAUCUGCUGAAGGAGGUCAUCACGUUUGAUUCUGUCGAGGAGUUCUGGGGCGUCUACAACAACGUAUCUCCCGUCUCCGAACUCCCCCAAAAGGCCGACUACCACAUGUUCAAAGCUGGUGUUCGACCCGAGUGGGAGGACCCGCAGAACAAGCAUGGCGGCAAGUGGUCCUACCAGUACAGGGAAAAGCGAAGCGUCGACAUCGACCGCCUCUGGCUGCAGGUCAUGAUGGGCGCCAUCGGCGAGACGCUCGAGGAUGAGGAGGACGGUGAGGUGAUGGGCGUCGUCGUCAAUGUCCGGAAGGCCUUUUAUCGCAUCGGUGUUUGGACUCGCACCAUAGGCAAGAGCAUUCCGAACCGCGGCGAUGGCGACGUUGCCGGAGGAAAGGGCCGUUCCACCGAGAAGGGCAAGGAGAUUCUCUUGACCAUCGGUCGCCGAUUCAAGGACAUCUUGGAACUCCCCAGCCAGGAGCAGGUUGAGUUUUCCGGCCACACAGACAGCGCCCAUGCCGGAAGCACGAGGGCCAAGGCCAAGUACACUGCAUAG